CUUGCGUAGUGGUUGAUGAGCUGCCGCGACAGCGACUACGCGAAAACGGGGAGCGCAGACGGAUUUCGCCGCCUGCGGUUUUUUCAACACCGCGGCCGCAUCGGACUCUAGAAGGGCGACAUGUCGGACGUGAGACUUCGGUCAUGUGCAUCCCGCCGCCAGUCCUUAGGCGUAGAAAUGUUAGCGCGGUCGAACCCUCGGAAUCGGACCCUACACAAGGUUCCCCAUCUGUGCACGCAAACACCCACACGGCCCUGUGAUACGCUUGCCUGUCUGCACAUCCUGAAUGAAUGGCUGGUCGCUAUUGGAGUCGAAGUCAAGGAAGUCUCUUCCCGGGAGAUCGCCAUCGCUGAUCGAAAAAUACUUCUCCGCGCAGGAAACUUCAGUGACAACGAUGUUCUUGGUGCUACCCUUGCUUUGUACCUUCUGUGCGAGCAUCAGUGCGUCUCCGCCGUGGACAUGAAGGUUCUGCUUAAUUUACCGCCGUCCGUCUUACCUCGAUCGAUUUUCUGGAGUUCCCUGAGGAAAGCGUCCUGGGUGACUUGCCUCGAGCUGGUCAAAUGCGUGCCAAGGGGAGCGUGCAUUUCAAGCCUCAUCAACACCAUAAGUUGUUUGCUGGAGAGACGGCUGAUUCAGCUGACACUACAGGACAUUUACCUGGAGGGCACGACAGAGCAUAUGCGUCAUGUCCUGGUAGAAGCCUUCGCCGCUACUAGCAAUCUCAAGAAGCUCAGCAUCUCCCACGUCGGUUAUUGUACCAAAUCACAGGGCCUAAGCGAGGAAGAUGUGCGCAUUGACCACGCCAUUCUUAACAGCAUUGCUGACAACGCAAAUUUAACCAGCUUUACCUUUGCCUUCUGCUAUCCCCAGAGCGCCUGCGUGGCGAGCAUCAGACGGUUGCUAGAAAACACUACUACCCUAACCAAUCUCACUAUUACCCACUGGGCGCUCCACGAUAGAGCAUACAGCGUAAAACAAAUCAUAGCUGCAGUUGCAGCUAAUCGUACCCUAACCAGCCUUACCCUGAGAGACCUUAACUUGAACCCAGUGGCAAGGGAAAAACUGGCUCAGCUCCUCAACUCCAACGGCACACUACAGUAUGUGGCCUUCCUGACUCGCAAAACGAGCUCGGAAGAAGCUUCCACUUCCCAGAAGGUGAAGCGACCACAUGUAUAUGCCCUUGUCAAGGCCCUGGAGAAGACAAAGUCCCUCAAACAAGUGGUCCUGAACUGGAGCUUCUCGCUGGAAGAGAUUCGUCAUCUCGCACAGGCGAUUCAUAGCAAGAUGCUGGAGUUGCACUUGCCGAAGAUCUCCCUAGCCAAACCGGAACCUUUUCUCAGUAUCCUUGACUGUGUCCCCGGAAGCCGGAAAGUUGUAUUCAAAGAGUGCACUUUCCCUGAAGGACCGCUUCCCCCCAUGAUUCUCACGAGUCAAGAAGUCAAGGCCGAACAACCGCUGUGCUCCUACACGGUCUACGAUAUUUCGCUCAACAGCUUGUAUCGGGUGGUGGCCGGCGUCGGUCGAGACCACAUCAGAUCUCUUGAGCUGCGUGCUCGUGCGAACCUCGGCCCUGAUAUGAGACACGACCUGGCUUCGUACUUGGCCUCUACGCGCAGACUACGGAGGCUCCACCUGGAAAUCAAGAACGAUCCACAAUUACUGACCGCUGUUUUUCACGGCCUAUCUCAGAACAACAGCAUCGAGGAUCUCCUCAUACAUGCUGAUUGCAACAUCGACGAAAAGAGCGUCGAAUUGUUCAGCGGCUGGCUCUCUACCAAUCCACGGUUGCACUCUCUGGAGGUUUCAUAUUCCUGCCACGGCAAGGAACGUUUAGCUGAAGCACUGGCGAAGUCAAUGCAUCGCAACUACGCACUGAUGUUCAUAGCUCUGGGUGCGGCUGACAGACCGUACUAUGAACACCUCUGUAACCUGACCUGGCGCAACCUAGGACUUCUGCACUGUGCAGCGGGAUAUGUGCUGGGCUGCACUGAGAUGCGUGCGGCGAAGGCCUAUGGUCUUCUUGCACGACACCCACUGCUUCUAGAGACAGUCCAGAAAAGUGGUCCCCUUAGCAGCAAUGAGCUGAAGGAAAAAUUUCGGAAGGCCGAGCUUCACCGGCGCCUGAAGAGACAGUCACCUUGCGACGCUUUCGCUUUCACCUACUGCCACAGCCCACGCAACGAAUUCUUCUACAAGCGCUCCAUAAAUGCUUGCGUGGCGGUGGCGACUGACAUGGUCGGCCUCUGCAUCGGUGGCCGCAACAGAUUCACGUCCAAGAAAAGCUGCCGACAGGCAUGCGUCGACGGAAGGAGCCGCACCGCCCACUGCCUCAACAAUGCUGUCUUCAGGAGGUGCGAAACGCAAGACGUCACAGGUCAGUGGUGGCACUUCGACGGCCAUUCGUGCCUCCAAUGGAACUUGCCGUCUGGCAUGUGCCCUUCGUACAAUAGCGACGUGUUCUCGUCACAGCGGGACUGCUGGACCAAUUGCGUGGCGAAGCCCCGUAAGCGACUGUGCCGGGUAGCCACUCCCGACGUCUGCUACAGCGCACACCUGAGGUUCCCCUACUUCGCCGUUGGUGGCCCGGAGGCGCGGUGCCUCAAGGUGUCGUCGAUCAGCUACGGUGGACGCCGCUGCCUGGCCGGUUCAAACCGGUUUCAAACAGUGCAGGCCUGCCAGGAGGCUUGCAUGUCAAACACUCAUUUCGACUAACGCGUAAAACGCACCCGCCGGGUUCACACGUGAAUCGGCGCACUAUUGCCGCAGAAGCGAUCCUAACUUUAAAUAAAAGGACGCGUGGAUAGACAGA